AUGAAGAGAAUGAUAGGCAGCGUGAAUGCUCUACACCAACAGAGCGCAUCGGUUCAUAUAAAAUUUGCUAGAACAGACCUGCUAAGAGUACAGGUCCCACAUGAAGAUCCUCUGGUCAUCAGCUUAACAGUGGCAGAAUACUUGGUGCACAGAGUUCUGAUCAAUCCAGGGAGUAAUGCGAACAUCAUGCCAAGAAUUAUGUUUGAUCGGCUCGAGAUCAUGCCCGUCAAGCUCAAAUCCACCAGAAAUCCAUUGCUGGGGUUCGAUGGGAAGCGAGUAGAGCCCAUUGGUAUGGUAGAAUUGUCAGUACAAGCUGCUAAAAGAGUUCUGACAGAGAGCUUUAUAGUCAUUGAGAUCCAUCUGUCUUACAAUCUCUUGAUGAAAAGAGGGUAG